UUCAGAUCCGCCUCUGCACUAACAUUACCAGUUCUGAAUGACGGAACUACGUGACGUCAUCUCUUAAGAUAAAGUUGCAGUGGCGGCAAAAAAUGCGCGCAAAGUGGUUAUUUAGUUAAUGAAGUCCUUCCAAUCAAGAUGCCCAACUGCCCCAAAUGUGAGAAAGCUGUGUAUUUCGCUGAGAGAUUGACGUCAUUAGGAAAAGACUGGCACAGGGCAUGCCUAAGAUGUGAAAAAUGUAAUAAGACCUUGACCCCCGGAUCACAUGCAGAGCAUGAUGGAAAACCUUAUUGCAACACACCUUGCUACGGAGCUUUAUUUGGACCUGGUGGUUUUGGACGGGGUGGAACAGAAAGUUACAACUACAAAAAAUAAAAUACUAUUUCCUUGUAAUGUGAAACGAAUGAAUUCAAUAGAUUAAAUUUUAUACUUUUCUUCGA